AUGAGUAGCUCUCUCGGAGAGCGUCGUGCUUUUGGUCCAACGCCGCGUCCUGAACCUGAUAGAGUGAAUCGGAUUGUGACUUCUAUGCCAACUGCUACGGCGAAUUCGGUUAUCACAGACGCUGAUCGGGUCAGUUUUAGUGGGUUAAACAACGACCAAUGGAAGUUGGGUCACCCUCCUCAUACUCCGGUUUCGACUACGAUCGAAUCAGACCCUUCACGUUUGGGUGAGUCUACACCAUUAGUUUCGGCCAAUGAUUUGAACUCCCCAUUGACUCCUCCGAUUGAUCAUGGUUUGGUCUCUCCUACGAUGCUAUCUCCACCUUCUUUACUCUCGCCUGACCUUGUGAAUACGGAAGUUUCUGUUUUACCGAUGCAGUCAUUACCUUCAACUGAUGAAAAUGAUGCCUCUAUGGGAAAAGGAUGUCGUCAAAAAUUCCCAUCGACAAAGCUCCAUGACUAUGUUACGCAUACGACUCAUGAUGGUUCCGAUAGUGAUUUUGUGGAUUCCACUUGGUAUCCUAUUGAUGCAUAUCUCCUCAUCAAGCUUUUCUUGCCGCCAUAA